UUAAAGGGAAUAAGCAGGCACAAUAGUUGUGAACGCAACCUUUGUGAAUAUUAAAGUAACUAUCGUAUUUCCGCACGGUUCUCUGGCAGAAUUUCCUAAUUAAUAUUCAUAAGACCAGCUUUCGCCAUGGCAUGGACGGGUCGGUGUCUUCUCAUAACGGAUCGCCUGUCUAGCCGCGGUUAUGGCGGAGCCUUCGGUGCAGAUGGAGAAUGAUGAGUGGCAGGAUUUUAACCGAUUCAAAUGCGUAACGGGACAAGAAACUCAUAUGCAGCGAGUUAAUUUGAAAGCCGAAGACGUAUCCGUGUUGUUGGAUGGAUGUUCAGACACUGGGUUGAAUAUUUCAUACACAUCCGCGGAGGAGAUGAUCAACCACUUCGACGAGAAGUUACAAUUUUGCUUCCAAAAUCAAGACUUUAAACCCGACACAAUAGAGCCAGUGAAGACAAUAAGUGAGGACACGACACUAAAAUGUGAUGAGAUCUGGAAUGCUCUCACAGGUAACUAUAGCAAUGUCAUGCCGGUAGACUGGAAUCAUUCUCGGGCCUGCUCGCUUCAUCUCUCAACACUGAAUCUUGAAGACAAGCCGAGGUUGGAGAGCUUGAACCUGGAUCUCUCUGAUGAUGAGGACCUGAGGGAGCAAAUGGACAUGCAUUCCGUCAUUGUGUCCUGCAUCAAUGAAGAACCACUCCUCACCGCUGAACAGGUUAUUGAGGAGAUUGAGGAGAUCAUGCGGGACUCAUCAGAGAUGGAAUCAGAGCAGAGCACUUCACUGUCAAAACUCUCCGUCAUCUCUCAGAAAACCCAAAGAUCUCACACAAGCCACGUCUACAAGGAGAGAGCGAGGCUGAUGUCAGUAGCUGAUCUGAACGAGUGGCUGGAGGAAGUGGAGACGACCAUACUUGGGUAUUCAGAGGAGCUGAUUCAGCAUCUGGCCAUGAGGGAUGAGCUGGAAUUUGAGAAGGAGGUGAAAAACAGCUUCAUUUCCGUUCUCAUCGACGUGCAGAACUGUCAGAAGGAACAUCGAGAGAUGCUGAAAAAGAAGAAGAAAGUAAAGAAUACAGCCGGCACGCCUCACAGCCGAUUAGAGAGGUUGCAUUCAUCUCGCUUCAGUAUGGAGGGCAUUUCGACUGCCAUUCAGAAUGGUUUUCGGCAAACUUUUGGGAAUGGGGCCGAGGCGAAACAGUACGUAACAACAGUCAUCCCGUACGAGAGGAAAGACGAGCCUCCAUCGGUCCAGGACCUUCAGAUUUUUAUCAAAAUAUUAGAAGCCAUGAGAGACGACAGUGACAAAGUCCCAAGUCUUCUCACAGACUACAUACUCAAAGUACUUUGUCCCACCUAGAGAGAAGAGAGGUACUUCCAUCCUCUUAUUAAAAGCAAGAGCUCCUGGAGGGAUUUAAUUCACUGUGAAACUCACUGUUUUUACCUUUCUGUCACGAUACAAUGCAUGAUCUGUUUUACCUAAACAGGACUGCUUCUGUAUUGAAGUGUGUGAUACCGGUAUUCUGCAUGUUUACCGCACAUGGUGGUUUGCAGUUUUCCGUUUAGUUGAAUUAUGGUUUGCUAUUAAUGUGGAAAAACUUCAAGGUGAAAUGUGUAAUUUAUGCAUCACUACAGUAACCAAACAAUAUUGUAAAAAUGAUGACAAACAGGUUUCUUGAUCACUGCCCCACCUGCCAUAGGUCAGAAAAACAGAUAGUCCUACCCCAAACACACAGCAUUGCAUAAGCAAGAACUACAGGGCUGGGCUGUUCAACGAAUUGAGCAAUGUUUAGAUAUCACCACAUUGUUUUCAGGGAACAGCCUUUAGUUCAGUUUCUGCAUACUAAACUGAGGUAGUAGAACAUAUUUUUACAUUUUAAUAUUACACACAUCACCUUUAGUAUUAUUAAGUUAGAGACAAUUAGUUCCCAAUUUUGUUUUUACGUGUUAGUAUAAUAACAGCAGCGUGAUUUCUGUAAGAAAGAUACAGAUGUUUAAGCAUCAGUUGACCCAAGUAUGCUUUUUAUAUUACCAAGGGGUGUCAACAGUUCCAAUCGUAAGAGUUGACUAGUUGUUUUGUAACACGAGUGCACUUACUGAUCUUUUAAAUGUUGUUUUGCUCAUAUUUUUAGAAAGUCAGAGAAUGAAUCAGAUGACCUUUUUAAUGCCUUAUGCCACAAAAUGUUCUUAUGCCUAUUCACUCACAAAACAGAAACUGUGCUCCUAGAUUUUUUCAACUCACAUUAUAUUGCCUUUGUGUACAUACGAUUAUUAUAAUGAGUUUAUUUGUAUCAGAGAAAUAGUUUGAAUCUUUUGUGAUUAGUUACUCACCCGCUGAUGUUCCCCUGAUGUUCCAGUCUUUCAUAGAAAUGUGAAACAAAGGGAGAUAUGUGAAAGAAUGUUUACACAACUCUAUUACACACAAUUGCACCACAUUACAUUUUUUUUUAGCUGUUUGAUUGCUACUUCACUGGUCACUGUAAACUAUUGAAAAUUGUGUAAUUAAUGUAGAGUAAAUUCUGGUUAAUUGACAUUGAAAUUAAUUUUGAAGUGCACAAAAAAGUAAGUAGUUUGUAAUGGUCUGAGGGUGUGUAAAAAAUUGCAUAAUUUACAUUUACAGUUUACACUUUUUGGGUUAACUAUUACUGCAAUUUACGCGCAACUGCUGACCAGACAUCUGACGUCAAGAGAAUAAAACAUAGGCCGAUGUAUUUUACUGAAAAAGGUAUAACUUGGGCCCAUUUUGCCUUAUUAAACAAAUCUAAAUGCUGAUUUACAUUAUGGUGCCAGUGAAUGAAUGUUUGUGUGCCUAUUAAAUUACCAUAAAGUAGCAGUAAUUAGCUGUACAGCUAUAGAUGUUAAUUCAGAUUAAUGUCUUGAACAAAGUUUGUGUGGGUAAAAUUAAUGACCAGAUAUUAAUAUUAUUUCUAACAGUGUUGUAUGAAAUCUACAGUAUGAAUCAUGGUGAUUUAUGUUUCUCACUUUUUGUUUAUUUAUACUUUUCAAAGUCAAAUGUUGUUGGUUGUGGUUCGGGGCGUUUCAUUUGUUGGGACUGUGUGGGUCUGGUCUGGUUGGUCUUGUUUUGUGGUCGAUGUCGGACAACAGAGGAAUAAAGUUAAUUAUGCCAUUACUACUUUUCCUUGGUUGUUCCUCUGUUGUCUGUUGUUGAUCGCGGAAUGGGACCGGGUUGGACCUGCACGGUUUCGGCGGGUGGGGCUUCCUGGGUCGCGGCUCGUGGGCUCUCCCUGUUCUUCGUGGACGUUGCUCGGUGGCUUUGGUCGGGGUCACUGAGUGCAGCCAUGACACGUCAGAGGAGAUCUGGCCCUCCCGGCUGAGCCUGGUUUCUCCCGAGGUUUUUUUUUCUCCAUUAUUCAGCAUUGGAGUUUGGGUUCCUCGCCACAGCAGAGCAGUGCAGUGUUGGCUUGCUCACCGGGAGACUGCAUUUAUUUAUUCAUUUAUUUAUUAGAUAUUAUUUAUUAUAAUGAUCUUGCUUGGUCUAUAAACACCAUGCACUGUGCUGUGUUUUACCUUUCUGUGUUUUUCUUAUUUGCUCCUGUAAAGCUGCUUUGGAACAAUGCGAAAAGCGCUAUAUAAAUAAAAUUGAAUUGAAUAUAUUUUAAAAAUAUAAUCUAUUUUGCAUUUAUUUAUGCUUAAUAAAGUCUUUGAUGAAAACUGA